GCGACUUUCCUCCUUAUAUUACACAUGAUAAAUAUGAUGGACUGCUCGGUUGUGUGACAUGGGAGUGAGGAGCAUGGCCUGUGAAACUCGUAAUAGUGGUUUAUAAGGGAAAUCAAGGAUGGCCAACGUGGAGGAGAGGCAGGCUGCCAGGUGGGGGGUAUGGCUGGUUGGCGGGCAAACUUGCCGCCCUGACAUCCAAACACCUGGCCACUUCCAACUUGUUUCGGGGGACUUUUAACGCUGUCACGGAGCUUGCAGGAACCAGGUGCUUACCUCAUACCCUGCACAGCAUCCACGGGGAGGCACAGACUGGUUUUUAGCCGCGUUUGUCCAGUUACUUAGGCACGAGAGCUGCCCUGUGAGCACCAGCUGAUCGUCACUCCCCAGCACUCAACCCCCACAAAGCCCCAUGUCUCAGGUCCAGAGAAGGUUAAAAAAUGGCUCCCUUACCUCAAGAACAAAACCAGCAAUCCUAAGAACUAGAAAAAGAAAGCACUCAGAGAAUGAGGAUGAGCGGCAAGUGAAACAGCCACGGGUUGACUCAACAGAAAUGCCCGAGCCUCUAGGGGACGUCACCUCCAGCCUCAAUGUCGACAAGGAGCGCUCUUCAGGCUCCGACGGUGCCGUCCCUGAAAACUGGCUCAAGUUCCGAGGGCUGACAUGCACAACGGCACCUCAGCUGAGUCGAAAGCUACCACUGCCAAAGUUGGGAUGGGCCGACCAGGGGCAGGUGUGGGCCCUCAUGUGCAGGAAGGACCGCAUCUACCCGCGCUGCCCCAACUACCUGGCAAAGCACCCGUCCCUCCAGGCCCGCAUGAGAGCCAUCCUGCUGGACUGGCUAACUGAGGUGUGUGAGGUCUUCAACUUCCACCGAGAGUCUUAUUACCUGGCCACAGACUACAUCGACCGCUACCUGGCGUGUACCGAGGAUGUGCCCAAGCAGCAACUCCAGCUUAUAGGUAUUACUUGUUUAUUCAUCUCUGCAAAGAUUGAAGAAAUUUACCCAAGAAAUUUAUCAGAGUUUGCCUAUGUAACGGACGGUGCUUGCUUAGAGAACGAAAUUUUGGAGAAGGAACUAGUCAUUUUAAAGAAACUCAACUGGGACUUGUCGCCCAUCACAUCCAACACAUGGCUCAGCACAUACAUCCAGCUGGCCCAUGACAUCUCCCAGCCCGACGCCAUGGAGGGCAAGGAGGAGGGCGACGACCAUGGCUUUGUGUUCCCCCGCUACUCCCCGCUUGCCUUUGUACAGGUGGCAAGGCUGCUGGACCUGUGCACGCUGGAGAUCUCCAGCCUGUCCUUCACCUCCAGCAUGAUAGCAGCCACUGCCAUGUGCCACGUCAUGACGCCCGAGCUGGCCACUACUGUGUCGGGCUUCUCUCUGGACGACCUCAAGGAAUGCUACGAUUGGAUGGCGGCGUUUGCCAUCACGGUGCAUGAGAUGGGGCCGGUACAGCUGAAGACAUUCAGCAAAGUGGCACAAGACGACAUGCACAACAUUCAGACACAUUCUGUGGACCUGGAAACUCUGGAGAGGGCACAAAUUAGACUGAGUCAGAUCCGGUCGUCAUCGUCCCGCAAGAGCCCCGAAGUGUCGGAGGUUCCUGUGGCCAUGCUGACGCCACCAAAGACGGAUGAGAAGGCAAGAAUGGUCAUGGAAUAUUCUGGGUAGUAGUUGGGGCUGUUGGGGGAAUUAAUUGAAGCAUCAUUACACAUUCCAUUGCUGCCACCCUUGUGGGGACGUGCUAAUGUUGAUGUUGAGGCGAGUAAUGAAGUGGUCCCCGACAUGACGGCCAUGGUGGCAGCAGGUGGUGUGAGUUGCUGUUUCAUGUGGCCAUUUUUAUACAUAUCAGGCAUGUCUGGCCAUGCUUAUACAUACAUAUCAAAGGCAUUUUUAAGCUAAUAGAGGCAAUAUAACAUGAAAAUGUAAAAAACUUUGUAUAUUUGCUUUAUCUUAUUUGCAUGCUGUGCAACAAUAGUCCAGUAAGCUGUGAAUGUCAGAAGAGUGAUGGACAUUAGAGUGUGUAGGACAGUGAGUGUGCUAGUGCCAGUGUGUGGAGGAGGAAUGGGCUUUGUGGUAACUUUUACACCAUGGUUUUACUACUUAUUGUAGAAUGAUCACUUGAUAAUUUAUUAAUUUUCAGGCUUUCUUGAUAAAGCUGGUGGUUUUAGUUACUUUAACUUAUAUUGUACAUAAUAAGGUACAUAUGUGUACGUAGAAAAGUAACAUCAAAUAACAUUAGUUGAAGUAUGAAGGUAAGGGAUGUGUAUGAUUAUUAUUGAUUUGCGUGAUGUGCCUGUAAUGGGCAAUGUAAAUAUCAGAAUUUGCCUUUAAAACAAUUCUAGUCUUUUUGUAAAGGUACCGCAGUUUUAUGUAUUAGCGCCAAGUGCAAUGGUGUUCUGUAGGGAUGUGGGAAAUACUUUUUUUGAGCACAAGUUUUCCUUUUUUGCGUGUUUUUCUUAAGGAAAUUCUGCUGCAGAGAGGAUAUUUCUGACUGAUUUGUGUCUGGGAUUGUGAUUCUACAAGGCUGUCAGAAGCAUGAAGUGGAUUGUAGAGGAAAGUCUGAAGCCAUGCAAAGUUGAUGUCACUUUCAGAGAGUUACUGUGCCAACAGGUCUGCCAUGAUGGCAUAUCAUCAUUUAUUUCUGUACUACUAGCAACAGGGCAUUGUUAAAGUAUUUAAGUGAUACAAGGUUAAUAUUAAAGAAGACUUGUCUGUCGUGGCCAUCCCCUCACGGGAGUUCCUGGGAACAGGCAUCAGAUCUACGUAUAGACAUUUAUAGAUACAUUGACUUGUUAUGAUAAACCUGAAAGACCUUUACAUGCUUUUAAAAAGUUUUAAAAAAGUGGAGCUCUUUGGAAAUAUUACAGCUUGACAUUUAUUUCAGAAUUUUAUAAGUUGAAGGAUUAUGGGCUACUUUUAACAUAAUUUGUCAUCAUUCAAUUAAUGUUUUAAAGAAUGCAAAAUUUUCUGUUUGGAGGUGGAGAAAGUAAGCUGUUUAUGAGUAAUAUUUUGUAAUUUUGCAAGUGUUGAAAUUACAAACAUAAAUAAAACUAUUUUUAUGUA